UUAACUUCUUAGGGUGAUUAAAUCAAUUAUUCUAGAGGUAGGUCUAUUGUUUUGGGGGUAGUUGCACGGAGUACGGAUAGUUAUUGUUUAAGUUGUUUAAGUUGUCCUACUGGAUGAAUACAGGACUCAUAUAUUGCAAUACUUAUCGAUUAACCAUGCUUGUAUUCGCUAUCUUGCAAUGUCCUUGUGUUCCAAUUAGUAUGUCUAAUCAUUUGUUGAAAUUAUUUCGUUAUUUAAAAUGCCAAUGUUGAUCCAAUAAUGUCUCAAAACCUUACUGCCAAUAAAUCUAAAUUAUAAUUGUUCUGGGUCAAAUUAUUUUGAUAACUUCACCUAAAUUUCUCCCUCUUCUUCUAUCUAAACCUGAUGUCGUCUGUCCUUUUCAUUUCCCAGUGUUUUUCCCUUCCCGUGUUAAUUUUUGAGGUGCAAUUUUAUUCCUACUUUGUAUGUUACUAUGCAUAUAACUGUAUUUCAAUUUUAAAUGUAUUGUAUUCUAAUGUAAUUAAUAUAUUUUUUUUGUAAUUUCAAUUUGUUUCAGUCUUUGGCUGCUAUUUGGAAUGCAUGUUUCAAAAAAGUAAUAAAGAAAGUUCAAUUAAUCAAUCACUCAAUUGGCGCCUCCUUUCUCACGUGUCAAUGUUGUGAGGAGGUGGUAGUCCAGAGGGAACACUAUACAGUCCUCAAAUUGCAAACAUAAGUGAAGUUUUAUCCCUACUAUUGGUCUUCAAAACUCAUGUUCGGUCUUUACGAAACCUUCUUACCCUACACAGCAAGUUACCCCUGAUAUGCAGGCCACGUCUCAUCCCACCCAGCCCGGAGUUCCGGGCCAGACUGUCUACGUCCACCAGCCCGCUCCAGUCAGCUAUGCCAAUACGGUGCAGAACCCUAACUCGACGAGUGGCGUGUCGCAGAAGUUUAACGGAUCUGCCGGGAGAGCGACUGGUUUGCUACAUUUGUCCCUCAGCAUCGGGAGCAUCGUCGUCGCCAUUACCGAGUUUGUUAUUGGCACCCCAGCAGGCUAUGUUGCCAUGGGAAUUUGGGCAAGUGUUCUGUUCUACAUUCCUACCGGUAUCUUAGGAAUAUGUUCAAAGCAGAAGAACACUUGCGUGAUCAUCGGCUAUCUUACGAUGUGUAUCAUCACAGCAAAUGUUGCCUUUGCUCAAAUGAUUGUUGGUGCCAUUGGGGCAGUAUUGACCAGUAACUAUCCCUAUUACUAUAACUAUGGCGACAGUGAUCGAGGAAUAGUGGAAGGAGGCAUCGCAUCUGACUCACUGUUGGCCAUCUUUGGCCUGAUCGAGAUGGUGGUAGCCAUUGUGGCUUCAGCCUUCUGUUGUGGUGGCAUGGCCUGUUGUCACUCGUCUUCACCAACAACCACCACUGUGUACACCCACCAGAACAUUCCGAUGGUUGUGACAACCGACCAGUACACUCAGCCGGCGGGAAUUGCUCAGCUCCCUCCCGGACACAACGUUCAGCAGGCGUAUCCCCCUGCUGGCCAGCCUGUUGCUCCAGCUCCCUACAACCAAGCUCCUGCUGUCCUGUACAACCAGGCUCCUGGUGCCCCCUACAACCAGGCUCCUGUUGCCCCGUACAACCAAGCUCCUGCUGCUCCGUCGAACUAGGCUCCCUCUUACUCGCACAACUAACAAGCAGCUGCUGCACCCAUCAGGUCUGGCGAAAUGGUAUCUUAAAUGCGUUAAAAAAUGUUUCUUAUUAAUAAAACUACUCGGAUAUGUAGAUGUUUAUAUUCGGAAUAACAAGCCAUAACUAUAUUUUUGAUAAAUAAAAUUCAAGCCUACUCUGAGACACACGGAUAUCCAGAGAAAAAGUAGUUCAUCCUCACACACUUUUUAUUAUUCUGAAGAGAGUGGUUUCGAUUGUUAGCCGUGAUACAGUGAUUAUAAUUUUACAUCAAUUCUUAUCUAAUUUCCUCAAUUGGUAAUUAAAAGAUAGCAGAUGAAGAAAAAAAAGCUAAAAUAAUGGCUGAUCUUUUUUGAUAGCUACGCAUAAAGUCAAGAAAAACAAACAUGUUAUCCUUACAUGAUAUAACAUAGCAAAUUAUAUUAUACAAAAAUAUGUGGUAUGAAAGUAAAAUAAGUGUCCUCUUUUCAUCACGUGAAGCUAAAACCCCCUUCACCCAUCAUUCCACCCAACUUGGGAAAUAGAGAACCCUUUUUGUUACUAUUUAUUAAGCGGCUGGGCUUCAAUUGAAUACUCUUGAUGACUGCACAGAAAGAUCUGUGAAAAGAACAAAGAUAUCAACAACAAAUAACAUUAACAGCAUAAAACAGCUGAAUGUCACAGUGCGAAAAAUAUGUAACCAGCCAACUUGUAGACGAAAAGUUAUGCAUACUGCAUUUAAACUAAAUGGGCUGAUAUUCCCUAACUGCUUUAUAAAUCAUCAAAAUGUUAAUUCAGAGGACCAAACAAGAACAUUUUAAAUUGUAAUAAAAUAAAUUGAAGAAAAAUUUAUUUUACUUCGAUAUAGAUACAAACCGUUUGUUUGUAUGUUGAUUCAGUAUCCCUAUAACCUUGAAAAUAAGUAGCCUUUUUCUAGUUGCCUGAAGUGUAGUGGAAUAUAUCCAAUUACCGGUGUAUAUUUGUUUACCUGAUGAUAUAUUAAUAUUGUGCCUUUCGAUCUUUUGACUGUCAUUUUGGAAGUAAUCAAUUCGUCAAUUAAUUAAGUUGACGAAGAUCGAUGAGAAUUUAAGACAAAAGAUGAUUUAAAGUGUAAAUAAUUUCAGAUAAUUGUGUGAAAUUGAUCUUUGCUGAAUUCUAAACAUAAGAUAAAUCAAUGCGUACGUGGUAUGAUAGUUCAAAUAACUUCAUAAUCUAAACUAAAUACAAAAGCAAUUCUGUACAAAACC